UUCAGUCAAGGCCCAGGCUGGAACUUGAACGGGGUUGUACGAGUAGAGGCGUGUUUUAGUAUGCAGGGACAGCCCAAAAGCGUGCUGACAGUAACACGGACUGUGCGACAUUCCUAUGAGAGAGACCACUGCUGCAGGCCGGUAGAGGUAUUGAAGGCAUUACUGAAGCUGAUGGGUAUUGAGGAGCAAAGAGGAAGAAUUACUCUGAAUCAGCUUGAAUAAAGGCCUUCACUCAAAUCUUAACCAAAUGAAGUUCAGACAAUACUGAUGUGAAUACUGUUGAGAGCAGCAAGGGCAUGGAAACCAUGCAUAAGGCUAUGAAUCUUACUUUCUCUAUUGAGGACAAAAAUGGCAAUAAGAUUACUUGCCCUAGUGAGGACUCCCCGGAUUCAGUGCAGAGCUCUAGCAGUUGGAGUUAUGAUGGUUCAGACAGUCCUGCUGAUGUAGAAAUGGAGGAAGCUACAUCUAAAAGAACCUUAAAGACCAUUUGUUUCGACACCUUUAUGUGCACCGAUAAAGAAAAGACCUCUUCCAGUGAGAACAGCUGCUCCGUGAGUUCUAGUGAGAUGGUAAUGAGGGGAAGCAGCUUUAUCUUGCACGAGACUGACCAGCCACUUAGCGUUUCACUGCUUGGGGAGUCCAAGACCUCCUUGGAGAUAUCCCCUGACGUUGGUGUGCUGUCUGGGAUGUUACCUGAUGUCUGCGAGGGCCUUCAAGGAGAACAUUCAGCUAAGGUGUCAAAUGAGCCCAAGUAUCAAGGCUUGGAGUGUACCUACAUUCUACCUUCAUGCAAUCAGACCUUUCUCAUAGAGGAAAAUUUGAUUCAAAUGCCAUCAUGUCUCUCUGACUCUCAAGGAGAGACGGAAGAAAAGGCUCGUCUCCUGAGUGUUGGAAAGCAUGAAUGUGUCACACCCAUUCAUCAGAAUUCAAGUAAAAAUGUGCAAAAGUUGUCUUGCAACACAGGUGGAUCUAAUCACUCAACUCCAGUUGAUGGAAAAACGAUUCUCCUUAUGGCUUCUGAGGAUUUAGACCUCAGUGGCAAUGCUCAAACCUCAACUCCAGUUCAGUCUCUUAGUAAUAAAACAUUUUGUCUUCCACCUCUUUCUGACUCGCCUCUUGAAAAAAAUAAAGGUGAUUCAGUGAGCCCGAUGGCUCAAGUCAUCAAUAAGCAGCAAGGUGCUGCUCCUCAAAAACCCAAGUCAUUGAUGGCAGCUUGCAAAACCAACAAGGGAGAUGUUAAAAAAUUUCCCAAACCUAACUUCGGUAACAUAAAGUCUAAAAUUAUGUCAAGGGCCACCAACUUUAAGACAUCACUUACACAGAAUUCAAAGGCUUCAAGCAACGUCCUUCAAGGCAAUGAAAUCCAGACUAUGGAGAACUCUGAUGCUCGCAAGUCAACUCCUAAUAAGUCCACUUCUGCAGUAAACAGUACCUCUUACACCCCAUCCCAAACUGUAAAGAGUUCCAAUGCGGCUAAAAGAACCCGCUCAUCCACUUGCCAAGAAAAUGGUCCUGCCUCAAAAUUUCGUCCCCGGCGAUGGUCUGAAAGUGCUACGUCUUUCAAAACUGCUAAAGAUGGAUCUCAAGAAAAGAAUCCACGGGUGAAUGGGAUCUUAAACAGGUUAGCCACACCAAAGGCUUUAUUUAAAGGAAGUUCUCAGAAUCAGACUGGAAUAAUCAAAACUCCAGAUGGAUCUGAGUCUUCAAAAGAAGAUACGCAAGGGAAUGAGUCACUGAAGGCUCGUGGGAAAAAUCUGAAAUCCAGUGUCUUGGCGGUGUCUGCCAAGUCGUCUGCAGAAACACCAAUUUGUGAAUGGAGCAAAAGCAAGCUUGGCCCUCAUCCAUCCCCAGCCAGGAAAGUAGGAGCCUCUGGUGCUCGGGUUCCAGCUGCAAACCUUCGGCCUCCGCUCUCGGCUGUGUCAAAGCUCAAACUUGGGGUGGUAGGAAAAGAUGAAAGCAAUAACUCUGACAUGCCUUCACCUAGAGUUCAACUCUGCACAUCUGAUGGAAGAGCUCAGUCUAGACCCACCCAAUCUACAGCGACACUAACACCAUCAGCCUCCAAACUGCCCAUAAAACCCAAAACGCAGCCUAAAAGCUCCAACGCUUCUCGGGCAAAUGGAUAUCUUAAGCAAGAGCACCCAGAGUCCUCUGUGGGAGCCUCGAGUAUACCUUCAUCUAACCGGGCCAUGUUGUUAAGAAGCAAACUGCAGAGUCCUUCUGCCAAAGGUGUAACAUCAGGUGCAGGAUGCAAGAACACAUCUUCAACAUCCUCAAAAUGUUCGAGGCCUUCAAUCAGUCCUCUGAAAAUGCCAAACACACCCCGGUCUGUGAGACCUGCUGCUACUCCAACUGUUGACAAGAACAAAUCAAGGACGGCUUCACGAAACCUGCAACCUCCAACAAACGGCCAGCCAGAUCUGGUACCACCAGAGAGCAAGUCUAGGAGUGUGGAGUACUACAAAGCUCUUUGUGAGAAGAAGAACCAGACCAUUCAACAGCUGGAAAACACAGUCCGAUCGAAUAACCGCAGGUUUGAGGCUGUUGCUGUGGUCAUAAAGCACCUAUAUGUAGAGCAUGAGGAGGUGAUGAAGCAGCGCAAGGAACGAUCUCAGGAGCUGAUCACCUUGCGUGAGGAGUUGGUAAGUUCGGCUCAGUCCUGUGAGCGUCUGGAGCAGGAGAAGGAGGACCUGCGUUCGGCCUUUGAUGGAGUUCUGCAAAAGGUCCAGGAGCAGCACCGUUUGGAUCUUGCUGACCUGGAGGAGAGGUUGAAGACCUUCUACUCCACCGAAUGGGAGAAAGUCCAUCAGAACUAUCAGGAUGAAGCUGACAAGUGCAAAGCUCAGAUGGAGCAGCAGCUGGAGGACUUGCGAUCAAAACAUGAAGCUUUGAAGAAAGAACUGGAAGUCAGCCAUAUAGAGGAGGUGGAGAGCCUUAAAAAUAACUUUGAAGAAUCUUUUAAAGAACUCAAACAGUCCCAUGAAAAAGAAUUGGAAAUUUUGAACACAACACUGAGAAGAUCAGAGGAAACUUUAUCUAGUCAAAUUCAGGAGCUCAUUACAGAGAACAACAACCUUAAAGAAAAACUGAAGGCUGAGGAGAAAAGAAGAAAAGAUCUUGCUGAGAAAACCCAGGACUCCCACAUCCUUUAUCUGGAGCAAGAACUUGAAAGCCUUAAGGUGGUGUUGGACAUCAAAAACAAACAGAUUCAUGAGCACGAUAAGAAAGUAAUGCAUGUAGACAAACUGAUGGAGAAGAACGUCAAGUUGGAUGAAUAUCUUAAGAAGCUACAACAAGAGAAUGAAGACCUCAAAGCCAGAAUGGACAAACAUGCUGCUUUGUCUAGACAACUAUCCACAGAGCAAGCAGUUUUGCAGCAAUCUCUUCAGAAGGAAUCCAAAGUAAACAAACGACUGUCUAUGGAAAACGAAGAGCUGCUGUGGAAGCUUACCAAUGGCGAUCUGAGCAGUCCUCGUAAGGUCUCCCCGUCAACAUCCCUGACACUACAGUCUCCACGAAACUCUGGGAUAUUUACCAGCCCUCCCGUCUCGCCCAGAUAACAGUAGCCUUCAGCUUCCGGGAAGCACGUCAUGGACUUGUAUUUGGACAGAGCACUUCCUACACGCUGAUAUGAGACCAUAUCAAUGACUUGAAGCCUGUUUUAAAUGGAAUUAUCUCACUGUUGUACAGCAAAAUGACUAAAAUAAAAACUAUUGCACAGAAGCACUUACCAAUGAGGCCACCUUUUAUGUCUGGAAUAUCUCAGGACAAAAGUGAUGCUCUUCUACAAAUAGUGUUUUUUUUUCUUCUUCUUUUUGUUCAAUGGGUUGCCUUUAUUGCCAUUUCUUAUUUGUUUCUGACUGACUGGCUGGCUGUUUUCAUGGAUGUGUGUUACAUCUGAGGAUUGACACCAGAAUCUACAGUAUGGAAGUCCAAGUCAUAAAGCUUUACCACCAGAUGCCUUCAAGUGUGCCGGUGUGUGUGUAUAAAGAUUUUCUUUGCUUUAAGGCGAGUGGCAAGUGUCAGCUGGCUGAUGGGAAUUUCUAGACGCUAUUUGUGUAGUGUUCGAUAACCCUCAAGACAUUGGGAUUAUUAUUUUUUGGACCUUAGAUUACAUCAUGAACUUUAUAAGAAACCACUUCAUAAAUCACACGUUUAUGUGCUUUAUAUUUAAAGGCGAGAAUCUGUUUAAUGAUUAAGACUGAAUUAUUGCUUGAAUGUUAAAUACCUUUUAUCAUAGAAAUCAGAGAUGCAGUCUUAUAAUAAUCAUAAUAAUGAUCUACUGUAAAAACUGAAGUGUGCUUUAAUAUAAGGUCGGUAUGACCACAGGCGUGUGCUAUUGAGAACAGUUUUCAACUUAAAUACGGGUUUUGUAUGUUGUUCAGUAUAAUUGAGCCUUAGGCCGACAGUAUUUGAGUAUUUGUCUUGUUUGUUUUCUAUCCGUUUAUGUCUGAUGAGACCAAUGUAAAGGACUGAGCAUGCUUCAGUGGCCUCGAGCACUCCCCCUACUGUUUGAAACUCUUCACUGCAGCUUUAAAUUCCAGCUAGUUAGAAAAACGUUUAAUAAGUCAAUACAAGAAAACAAAGCAAUGGAUACUUUUCAGUUUUGAUUUAUAUUUUUAAGCUGUUUGAGUGAAUGUUGGUGUGAAACAAACUCUUGAAAUAUGCAAUAAAUAAAGUCCAAUUAAAAUUCAA